AAUGAACGUCAUUGUGGUCCUUUCCAACAAGAAGCAUUGUAUGUGUAGCUCUGAACAAUUGCCCCUGCUACUCUGAUAAAAGCACCUGGCACCUCCAACACAAUGCCGCCAUACAGGUGGCCAACAACCCCCCAAUCGCUCGCCCGACGAGUCGAACGCGCCCUCGAAGCCCAAGCCCGCACCUCCCACAACUACACCUCCCGUGCGAAACCCUCACGAUGUAGCCGCACCACCAUUCAACCCUCCCCCUCUCUCCGCCGCCCCUUCACCCACAGCACAAAACACUCCGCCCGCCCCCCAGCCGAAGACCCAGCCUUCACCUCGAUCCUCGACAACCCACCCGAACUAGUGCGCGCAGGCCGGCGUCACGGUCCCGGGCUCAUAAUCCUCGCCAUCAUCCCCGUGACAGCGUUUCUGCUCGGGACGUGGCAAGUGCAGCGGCUAGGGUGGAAAACCGAACUCAUCGCGAAAUUCGAAGACCGCAUCGUGCGCCCGCCGCUCCCGCUCCCUCCCCGCGUCGACCCAGACGCGAUCCACGAUUUCGAUUUCCGGCGGGUGCGGGCGCGGGGACGGUACGCGCACGAGCGGGAGAUGUUAGUCGGGCCGCGGAUGCGGGACGGGGAGCAGGGGUUUAUGGUCGUGACGCCGUUGGAGCGGGAGGGCGAGGGGUCAACGGUGUUGGUGAAUCGGGGCUGGAUCAGCAAGAAGCACCGGUUACAGCGGGAUCGGCCGGAGUCGCUGCCGACGGCGGAGGUCGAGGUCGAAGGGUUGCUGCGCGAGCCGUGGAAGAAGAAUAUGUUUACCCCGGAUAAUCGGCCGGAUAAGAAUGAGUUCUACUUCCCGGAUGUGAAGCAGAUGGCUGCGUUGACGGGGAGCCAGGCCGUGUGGAUUGAGCAGACGAUGGAGCCGAGUUUGCUUCAGGCUAUAGACAUGCAAAAUAAGGGCAUCCCCAUUGGAAGACCCGCCGAAGUCAACUUGAGGAAUAACCACGCCCAGUACAUUUUCACAUGGUAUGGACUCGCCGUCGCAACGUCGAUAAUGUUCUACAUGGUAGUUAAGAAGCCACCCACGGAUAUCUCGCGUAGGGUGCGGAUGAAUAAGGAAUGGUCAUAGGUUCCUUGCUUUAAGUAUUCAUUGCAAUAUUUAAAGAAUCCGGAAUUCAGCCCGAUUUCACGUUACUUCCUCCUCUUCAUCCACUUCUGUGUGUCGUGACUUUUUCUUUCGGGGGGCUUUGGUGGGAGGCGGGACCGUCAUACGCAUCUCUUGUAGGAGUUCUCUCGGCAGAUGUCGUUGCGCUAGGGCGAAUGUUGUUGUCGACGCAUUAGUCUGUCGUUGUCUGCGAUAUUUAUGAUUAGUUAACAUGUAUAUCAAGGAUUAGGUAAAUAUUUCAAAAUGUAUAAUAACAUACCUUCGCAUGAG